AUGAGAUUCGAACAGGAGACAGCGUGCAGGGGUACCCACUGCGCCAGCGCUCCGCUACCAGCCACACUGCAUCCGCAUCAUCAUCUUCAUCAGCAAUCAGCAGCCGCCGCCGCGAGCAGCCUCAACGGUAAUCUCCUCAGCCAUCAUCAUCAUCAUCUGCUGCAGUCGGUGCAUCAGCAGAAUUUUCUCCACCAGUAUCAUCAGCAUUAUCAGCAGCAGCAGCAACAGCAUCAGCAGCAUCAUCAAUUUUUGCAACAUCCAGGACUCCUGGUGAGCAGCAACGGUAGCCACAGCCACAGCGGCAGCGGCAGCAGCAUCGGGCACAGAAGCAGAUCGCCUCUGGGUGGUGGCGGCGGUAACAGGAGUCAGUUGUCGUCGGAGAGCAGCGUCGCGGAACUGGCUCCGUACGUCCAGGCAGCCGGCUCGAAGGGAGAGGAGAGUCGUGUGGCAGCAGCAUCAGCCGAUCGGCCGAUCAGCAACAGCGUGGACACAAGUAAUAAUAAUAGCCCAACGAGCGGAGGCCCGAGAAGCCCGCACCAAGAGCAGCAGCAGCAGCAGCCCAAGAAGCCAAGAGCCGUCGCACCGGACCCACCGCUAAACUACAGUCCGGGCAGGGCGGGCAGCCCCACGGCGGCGGGCCCCGUAGAAGACGCCACGGGCGGCGACGACCACCAAGAGCAAGUAGGAGCGCGCGUCGCCAAGACGACGGUGCUAGCUGCAGCGCAGGCCAGGCCGGCGGCGGAAUCGGGUGGGCCUGGGAUGGCGUACCCGGCGCCGACCGCGGCACUAAGCAGACACUCGCCCUUCGGCGGCGGAGGCGGCGGCACCUCCCUCGCGUCGUCGACGUCGUCGGCCAGCGCGACUCAGCCGAGCGGCGUCGGCACGCCCACGGCCUCGGCCACCGUGCCCUCGGCGGGCUCGAGUCCAACGGGCCUCGUCGGCAGCAACGGUCGGCUGCCCGCGCCCGCCGCGCCCCGGCCCACGGACUUCUCCGUGUCGAGCCUGCUCACGGCCUCGGGCAAUCAUCCGGCGAGCAUGGGCGGCUCGUCGACCCAGGGCAGCGGUUCGCCGCCCGCAGCGGGUCCGGGUAGUCCGGCGGCGGCACCCGAGACUCCGCCACCGCAACAGAGAGGCAGUGCCGGUGGUGGUGUGCCGGGGGAGCUGAGUCCGCACGCCGCGGCCGCGAGCUACUUCGGCGCGGCGGCAUUGGCGGCGGCGGGCUUCUACAACCCGGCCGCGCACCUGCCAUCGGCGGGCUCGCCCACGGCGGCCCAUCAUCUCGCCGGUAAAUCGCUGCUGGGAGCGGCGCAUCAUCAUCCCUCGUUCAGUCCACAAGGCCUCGGGCCGCCAGGUUAG